AUGUCCAGAAGCGGUCGACUUCGAAGUAGGACUGUCAAUCUGGAUCGGACAACAAGCUCAAGGAAUAAAAGUGAAAGUGAAGAGGCAGACGUCUAUGGAUUAGUUGAAGAAACAAGUGGAAGACCAUUCCGGAUGAUCGAGGGACUUCCGUGUUCUACGGAAAUACCACAAUAUGGGUCGGCACUUACGCAUGCCCUUUCAGUUAAGGACUCUGCAGUUUUGUACAGCUCACUAUUAGCAUCCAGAAGAACGUGGAUCAAUGCAGAAAUGUUUGACAUGUUUUGGUCGAAACAGUAUCUCAACACCAAGGAAAGAGAGCGUCUUCUAAAAGAGGGGAUUGACCCAGAUUCUAUUGAUGCCAGUGCAGCCCGUGAAAAGAUGUACAAGCUAUGCGACUGUGAGAUGGUUGGUGGUCCGCAUGCUUUCCCAGUGCGACUUUUCAUUUUGAAGAACGAGGAAAUGGAGAAAAGAUGGAACGAUGCGAUAGAGUCGAAGCGCAGGGCUAAAGAAGAGCGAAAGAGACAAGAACUGGACCAGAAAGCGCGAAAACAGAAAGAAAGAAAACAAAAUCAGGCGAUGAAAAAACAGCUUCAGGAUCAGCCUAAAGUCACUUCAACGUCUGGCGAACGGAAACCAACAGUAAAGCGAAAACCACGUAAGGAGUCAAAUCAGCAGCAGCAGCAGCAGGCUAUUCAUAAACGUCGGCCACGGUCUCAAAGUCCGCCUCAGAGCAAACCGCCAAUGCAAUCGGCGGAAGACCAGAAAAUGAUUACGAAUCUGAAUAUUAUGGCUCAAAAAGACCCCAAAUUGAAUUCUCUCAUGGUAAUUGUUGCGGGAGGCAGUGCAACUGCUCAGCAGGUUGAAGAAUUUAAGAAAAACAUCGAAACAGCUCGAAAAAUGCCACCUCCACCGGGAUGGCAACCAGUUGUACAGACCCUUAGAGCUUUUCAAAACGCUGGCGCUAAUGAGCGGAAAGCCUUAUCAAAGAACCAGCUUCAAACCUCGGAAAAGUCCGUCUCCGAAGUAUGUGAUCAAGUCAAAGCAGAGGCUCAGCCUUCCGUCGACACUACUGCUUUUUCUGCAGAGCAACCGCGGCAGAAGCGGAAGUAUACGAAAAGGAAACACGCUCAAGAGGUCGAACCCGAAGAUAAAUCGAUGCAGUUGACUACUUUUCAACAAAAAUAUAUGGGAAAUGCAGAUUUAGCAUUUGAAUAUGUGGAAAGUCCCAAUAAAAGGUAUAGUCUACCUAAAGAUGCUAUUUUUGAACAAUUAGAAGAUGAGACAUCAUAUCUUAUGUCAUGGAUUUUAGUUCACAACCGAAAAGAGAUUGACAAGUUCAGGGAAAAGAAGAUUGCCUUAAGGGAAAAGGAAGAGCGUAAGAAAAAGCCCGACGAAAAACCUGACGCAAAUUCUGAAUCCGAAGAGAAUGGUGCGAAGCAGACCGAUGAUAUGACGUUAGACAUUUAUGAUGAUCCGAAAUGUCCCGUUCCCCUUUACAGUCCGCUCACUCUCAAGUUCUCCAAUAUCCACAAGAAGUUUGCGCCAAUAAUAAUAAACAGCGUAAACUCCGUUGACAGAGUUCAAAAACUUAUGACGAAGAUAAUGAAAAAUGGAACGAGAUUGAGUGGUUAUAACUUAUGGUUUCAAUUAGAUGCAUAUGAUGACAAUGAGCUGUCAGAGAGCUUGAGGUAUGAAUUGAAAGAGUAUGAGCAAGGCUUUAAGAGUAAAAGACAGAGAAAACAAAUUUGA